GCCGAAGAUAUUCGAUGCCACGCCAGCAUAUAAAGCGUCGAAAUCUUAUGUAUGCUUGAGAUUCUGGACAGUUUGGGAAACUCGGAAAACAAGCUAUGGAGACGCCAUUACCGACAAGAAAUCUAGUUAUGAGUCUCCUUCUAUUACUCGUUUCCGUCUCCAGUGUCAAAGCUUGGACGGGUGAAAUCCGAGGAAGAGUUGUUUGUGAUGUUUGUGGUGAUUCUUCUAUUGGCCCUGAAGAUCAUGUCUUAGAAGGUGCUGAGGUAGCUGUUCUUUGUAUAACAAAAUCUGGGGAAGUUUUGAAUUACCAAGCAUUCACAAAUGCAAAGGGCAUAUAUACAGUGGCUGAGACUAUGCCUGAAAGUGACCGUUGGGAUGCAUGCUUGGCACGGCCUCUCAGUAGUUUCCAUGAACACUGCACCCAUCUUGGGCAAGGAAGCACAGGGGUGAAGUUCAGCUAUAAUCGUCCAUCAGGUUAUUCUCAUACCGUCAGACCCUUUGUUUAUCGCCCUUCUAGUGUGCCAACAUACUGCAUCUAGAUAUUGCAAUUAUCAUGUAUAAUCUUCUUAAGAAAUUGGGCCCGAUCUUCUAUAAGAAAUUAGAGAACAGAUUAGUUCAUGUUCUUCAUGAGCAUUUGCUGUAAUAUCUGAAUGUACAUGUAUGUGAUAAACUUGGCCUAUGGGUCACCGAUAUCUUUGUUGUUGUGUGGAUAAAUACAUAUAAACGACAGAAAAAUGUCAACUUUGUUACUCUUAUUGCUAUAUCCAAAAUCUCUUGGAGCCAAA